UCAUUCAGUUGUGAUCGUCUAGCGGCGCUUCGUCGUUUACAUUUGGCAUCGGCAUCGGCUUCGGCAUCUCGUCAACGUCGCACAGUGGUAAUAAUAAUCGUAAAACUAAUAAACAAUCGCGUCAUAAAAUUGAACAAUCGCCGUUAACCAAAAGUUGUUCCCAGUUGUACUCAAAUAUUGAAACGGAAACAGAAUUAAGCAUUUCAAUGAGAAGCCAUAAAACAAGCAUUAAACACGUAAUUAAAUGCUGCCAACUGGUGCAAAUACAAAGUUAAAUUGGCUGUUGUCUAAUCUAGAAAUACUAUGCAGAAAACGCCUACAGUUAGCUAGAAACUAGAAACUAAGCUCCGCAGUAAUAAACUGGCUCUGACGCACUGGGAGAGAAAGAGAGAGAGAGAGAGAGAGAGACGGGCGGGCAGAGCGAGAGGGAGAGGGAGAAAAACAAUGUGAGAGGAGAGCCGUCGUGCAUGAAAUGAUCGUUGAAUUAAAAGAACGUUACCCACUCGAGGCCGGAUCAGUCAGACGCUGACAACGAACCCGAAACGACUACAACGAAUCCAACGGGUAUAAAAAAAAAACAAUAACCAAAAACAAAAACAAAAAACAGAAAAAAGAGCAACCAACCCAAACUUAAUUAGACAGCAUAAAAAAUUGGAAUAUUAACUAAUUAAAAAUUUAAAAAAAAAAAACAAAACGAGAACGACAAAAUGCGCGACGAUAUAACCAAUGGAGAUGACAACGACAACGAGAACAUUGCAGCCGCCAGCAGGGAGGGGGAGCGCCAAGUGCAAUGUGCCACAAAUGCUGUACAGCGGCAAGUGGCGCAUCGCUGCCUCAUCGAGCUGCUCAUCUUUGUGGUGCUGUUGAUACCCGUCUUAGUCUACGAGGUCGCCGUGGAGCCGGCGAGACGUGGCUUCUUCUGUGACGACGAGAGCCUGCACUAUCCAUUCCAUGAGAACACGGUGACGCCGGUAAUGCUGGGUCUACUGUCGGGUGCACUGCCUCCCCUAAUCUUCAUCGUGGUCGAGUAUGUGCGUAUGAUGCGAAAAGAUAAGCUAGCUGCCACGGUGCAGGUGCUCGGCUGGCAGAUGUCGGCGUGGUAUGUGGAAUUUGGUCGACAGAUCACCUACUUUAUGUUCGGCCUGGUGCUCACCUUCGAUGCCACCGAGGUGGGCAAGUACACGAUCGGCCGACUCCGGCCACAUUUUAUGGCGGUCUGCCAGCCAAUGUUGAGCGAUGGCAGCCUCUGCACAGAUGCCGCCAAUCUGCAUCGCUAUGUGGAGGACUAUGAGUGCGCCGGCGAGGGCUACACCAUUGCGGAUGUGAGGCAGGCGCGUCUCAGCUUUCCCAGCGGACACUCCAGCAUCGCCUUCUAUGCGCUGCUCUAUACGGCACUCUAUCUGCAGCGGAAGCUCCAUUGGCGCAGCUCCAAGCUGGCGAAACACUUUCUGCAGUUCGUGCUCAUCAUGGUGGCCUGGUAUACGGCGCUGAGUCGCGUCAUGGACAGCUGGCAUCACUGGUCGGAUGUGUUGGUCGGUUCGUUGAUUGGUGUGACAGUCGCCUUGAUUACAGCUCGCUACAUAUCCAAGCUGUUCAAGCCAUCCUACCGGGAAAUCGUACGUCCGGCUGGACUACGGAGGCAGAAUACCUCGGACACGCUGCAGGAGGAUGUCUGCGCCAGCACACCGCCACCCUACUGUGUGAAUGGCAGCUUUAGCGAUGAUCAAUAUUGUACCAAAGUUUAAAUACCCGAUCUGAGAUCGUCAAGUGCAACAAAUUGUAUUUAAAGAAAACAUUCCAAAGCCAAUUAAAUAUUAAAUGUGUUACCUGUAAAGCAUUAAAAGAUGAAGAGCUAUUUUAUGUCUA